AUGGUCCCCAGGAACCGGGCUGGGAAGUUGCAACCCUCGGUCUCUUCUACCAUUCCUUUAUUCUAUUCCGUCGUUGGGAAGAACCUGGACUGCGACCACAAGGCCGACGACCAAGGACCGAUGCAGCCAGCAGAACAUUUGCUCGAAUUCGCUCCCGUCGAACCUGUCAACAGCGAUAUGGCCGCCGAAGCAUCACCCUUACAAGCUCCGCCUCAGAAGCCAUCAGUGCCGGCGCUGCUGCAGAGGAGUCCAAAGCGAGCGUCGAGAAUGUCGGAUGAUGUGGUGCUGGCCUUGGACACGGUGAAUGUGAACAUGAAGAAGGGUAGCGACGGCAUUUCCAGGAUGCAGCAGAACGAUCCUCACGAGCUGUACCUCUCGAGCGAGGAAGAGGCCUCGCUCUCGGACGACUACGACGACGACGACGACGACGACGACUCGGACUCCCUUCUCGACUUCGAUAGCACAUACUCCGACGACGAAUCCACGGGCUGCCCGUCCCGAACGUCGAGCAGGAAGUCCCGGGAAGUCACGGCGACCGCAGUCAACUUCAAGGUCGUCGGCAAGCCGCAGAUCGUCAAGAUCAAUAUCCGGUCCAACCACGUCUCGCCCACAGACAUGCCUGCAGAGGAGAAGCUUCACGAGAUGCACUUCUCUGCCGACCUCCCCAUUAUCAGAGCCCCUUCUCCCGAGCCAUCCAAACGCCGCCCCGCCGCCCGAAGGCCAGCUCCCCUCAACCUGCACUCGGCGAGGCCCAUGUCCACCGCCACCCUCGAUGGUUUGAGUAGCACUGCAUACACGCCAGCGCUGCACACCAACGCCUCCCUGGUCAACUUAUCCACGCAGUCAGGCCAGGUCCCUCCUCGCGCGCAGCGGAAACCAUCCCGUCUCGCAUCCUUCGUCAAUCUGUCGAAGAAGAACCUCUCCGUCUCGAGCGCUCUCUCCACCCCCAGUGCUCGGUCGGCCACCUCGCAGCAUUCGUUUCUCGACUCCGAUCCGUACGCGCACUCCGCAUCCCACAAACCGCCUUUGACGCCGACCGAUUUCCCGACCGCCUCCACGCCCAAGACACCCAAGACGCCCAAGACGCCCACCUCCAUGUCCUCCUCCUCCUCGGCGUGGAAGAGGUCACUCUCGCGGACGCUGUCCAAGGCGCGGAAACCGUCCACGCAGAUGCUCAGCGCGACAUAUCACUCCUCCUCGCCCCGGACGUCGACGAUGGCGCCGCCAGAGCUCACGCGCAUCAACUCCAACCCGGAGCCGCCGACACCCAAGCUCUUUGAGGAGAGUGCGGCCGAGCAGGGCCGCGAGAUCGACAUCUCUAUACGCAGGGCGGAGACGCUGCCCCUCGCGCCUGCUUCCGGAGAGGCCCCCAUCAGCUGGGAGGAUUUCAUGAAGAGCACCAUCUUCGUGCCCCCGCCCAUACCGGAGGACAGCUCGAUGCCGCGGGGCCGCGAGGCCCGGAAGUCGUUUAGCCUCGGGCUGGGGCGAAGGAAGAGCUUGAAGGGUCGCUAG